CAGAAAAGUAAAGGGAGGAAAGACUCUGUUUCCAUUCAUGCUUCUCUUUGUGUUGAAGCCAAGAAAGAGAGAUCACAAAUAUAUUCGAUUCGAUUUCUCUUUUUGUCAGUGGGUUUCCUUUUGUUUUACUCCUCAUUCGAUCGCCCUCUGUAUUUUUACCUCCACCUAUUGCUUUCAACUUUCUUACAUCUUUUGACCUUGAGAGAGGGAACAUCUCGGGAAAGAAAAUAGCUUCGAAUCGGUUCAAAAAUAUGUAUCCUAGAGUAAAGGUGAGACAGCAGGAAGAGCCACCAUUGAUACAAAAAGAGGAGGAUAUAGUGAGGGUUAUAGAAGCUAUUUCCUUAAAGAGCCAUUCUCCAAGAAUCAGAGUCUCCACGCUUGGAAACAGGGGUGAUUAUGAUUCUAAUCCACCGCAUGCAAAGUCAAAACCGAAGGUUCAAUUAACACCUUUUGUUGCUGCACCAAAAGGAAAGCAGAACAACACACCAAAUGAGGACAACAAAACCAACAACAAUGGAUUCAGAAAGGACAACAAGUGCCAAAGUGAUUUUCAUUUGACAUAUCCAAGGAUUCAUGAGUCUCAUCCCAAGGAUUCGUUAACACCCUCCCCUGUUCAGUCGAAAGGAACUAACGAUGAUAGAUUGGAUGAGGAUAACAAGACCAACAUUAGAGCCAGUUCAGUUCCUAUGCCUCGGGCUGUCUUGUCUAGCCCAGAUAAUGAUGAACUAAUCGGUAGCCAAAACCAAUCAAUUCGAGAGAAACAAACACCUCUUAGAAGACAAACAUUGAAGAGCAAUGAUAUAACCAGUCAACAGAGUCAACUUUCCAGAGAGAAGAUAACACUAACCAAGAGGCCGGCAUCAAGUCCAAAAACAGAAGGUCAAACCAAGAUUGAAAAUACUCAUAGCACGAGAAAGAGCUGCACUGAGAAGGGAAAGGGUUCUUCGCUAUCAACACCGAAGCAGAGACCUCCUUUUAAAGUAGGAUUUUCACGACCAAAUAUCUUGUAAUCUGAGUUACCAUCUCUUGUCAUCUAACGUUUUGUUUGUCUUAUUUCUACUAGUUAUUGAAGUUUGAUGGAAGUUUGUUUGUGAGAGAUGACAAGUUGUAUUGAUUGUGAGGUGUUUCUCUUUGACAUAAAUGUAGACUUCUCAAAAAAGAUAUCAAUCCUGAAUCUGUUUGGACAGGAGAAGGCAGAUGUAAUAUAUACUGGCAAGAGGCUAUUUAUUAUCUAGUGCUUGCUAUCUUUUUGUUGA